UUUUCCCCAUAUGUAAAAGGGGAGGAAAACACCUAAGUAUGUCAAAGGAGGAUUGUGAGGCUUCAUGAAAAGUGCUUCCUUAUCUUCUGGUGGAAGCUGCUGUAGAAGUAUUAAGCAGCAGUAUUAAUUAUGGCUGGGACUUUCAGUUAAGCUUGACGGAGUGAAGCAUCCCAAUCCUAUUGAAAGUUAAUGGAGUUGAUAUGGAAGAAGUGCACAAGAGCAGCAGUAACAGUUCAGCGACACCUCCACAAACCACUGUACAAGGUACAACACUACAGGCAACUCACCUCUCUCACGUUGCUCAACAGAUGUCUCUGAGAGGCCCAACUCCACUUACAGUUGUUCAGCUUCCUGGAGAACAAGUACAGGUUCAGGGAGUCAUUCAGACAGCUCAGUCAUCUUCUGUAAUCCAUUCACCCCAGGUGCAGACAAUGCAGGUAACUUCUUUGUCAGAGAGUGAGGAUUCUCAGGACUCAUCAGAUAGCAUAGGCUCUUCACAGAAAGCCCGAGGCAUCCUAGCCCGUCGCCCAUCUUACCGAAAAAUCUUGAAAGACCUUUCUUCUGAAGACACGCGGGAUAGAAAGGGAGAUGAAGAAAGUCCUGGUGUCUCCUCUGUUACAUCUAUGUCUGUUCCUGCACCCAUCUAUCAGACCAGCACUGGACAGUACAUUGCUAUUGCCACCAAUGGAGCAUUACAGCUGGCCAGUCCAGGUACAGAUGGUGUACAAGGUCUGCAGACAUUAACAAUGACAAAUGCCAGUGGUACUCAGCCGGGGACAACGAUACUACAGUACGCACAGACGUCGGAUGGUCAGCAGAUACUAGUACCCAGCAACCAGGUGGUAGUGCAGACUGCAUCAGGAGAUAUGCAGACAUACCAGAUCCGCACUACACCAACAACCACAUCCCUCCCUCAGACUGUAGUGAUGACCUCUCCUGUCACCCUGACGUCUCAGACAACCAAAACAGAUGAUCCACAGUUGAAACGAGAGAUAAGGCUAAUGAAGAACAGGUGUAGAAGCUGCUCGAGAAUGCCGCAGGAAGAAGAAAGAAUAUGUUAAAUGCUUGGAAAACAGAGUUGCUGUUCUGGAAAAUCAAAACAAAACUCUAAUUGAAGAGCUAAAAACUUUGAAAGAUCUUUACUGCCAUAAGAGUGUAUAAGCAAAGGAGGCAAAACUUUUUAUGGACUGUCUGAAUUUCAGAGGGGAAUUUUUUAUACCGAUUUUUAAAAAACAAAAAAAUAAAUAAAUAAAAAAAGCUACAUGAAAGGUCAAAAAUUUUAAACUUUUCUACCAGGCUUUCACAACUUAAAGACUGUAAAGAUUUUAUUUACAAGAUGGUGACAAAAUACAAAAAAGGAAACAAGAAACCUAACCUAAAUUCUUGCUGGUGCAACUGGAAAUAUCAUUACAUUCAAGAUUAUAUCUACAAUAAAACGACAUGCACAUUUUUACCUGAUGAGUGACUUGAGUUUCCUGAACUAAAAAAAAAUCAAUUUUGUAACAGCAGCAAUAUUUUAUUACAAUUCAAAUGUGGGUGAAAUGGAAUCCUUCCCAUUAGCUUACCAAGAUUAGCAACAUAUAUAACCAGUAUGUUUUAAUUUCUUAUUGUUUUCUGAUCCUUAUCUUUUAUUUCAGUUAUUUGUAUGUAAAUAUUUUUUUAUUUCAACCUGUAACUUCUAACUUACAGGUGUAGAAGAUAAAAAGAAACUAAUACUUUGGUAAAAAUAUAAGUUAUAUUUACUUGUCUCAGCUGGCAGUUUGUUUAAAGGGCUUAGGGUUUAAAGGGUUUUAGGGGUUUUUGUUUUAUGAAAUGUUUGCUGUGUUUCUCAAACGGAGGUUUCACAGAAAGCAAUGCAAAUUAUUUUUCAGGCCUAAUCCUGGAAGAUGUCCAAGGCACAUGAGUAUUAAGGUGUUGGCAACUUAAGUGUAUUAAACACAUCCAGUUACUUUAAACCUAGUUUUUGGUAGAAUGGGUACAGCUGAGCCAGAGCUGUUGAAAAAUGCUUUUUAAAUAGUUGUGUUCUUGAUUACUGUGUGAGAUAAGCUUCUAUAAUUGAAAAAUAAAUUGUGUGCUGAUUUAUAUGUACAACUGAACAUGCAUUGCUUAUUCUGCUUGGAAAUCCUACUGUGUUUAGUUGUAAAGUUUACACACCAAAAAAGAACAGUUAAAAAAAAAAAAAAAAAAAAAAGCUAACGAUACAUACCAAAGGGGUUAAUAAGGUUCUAAUAUAGGGCUUAUAAAUUUUGAAAAAGAGUGCACAAUUACCAAACUUAUUUUGUAAGGUAGGCGAUAUUUUACAAAAAAUGGUAUCUUUGUAACAAAAUAGUCUAUUAAACAGUUAGAUGGUGGGUAUAUUUUAUAGUUAAACUAAAAUCUUUACAAAUUCUGAAAUUGAAUUUAUAUGCCUAUUUUAACAGAUUUUACUGUUUAUACAGCUCCUUUUAGUAAACAAAUAGAAUAUUUUAUGUCUCAGAUUUUCAAUCAUAUAUUUUUAUGGAUAGUACAAAGUAAAUUUAAAUCCUCUAGGGUGGGAAAUAUUUGAAUUACUCUUAUAUGCAUCUCUAGGCAAUUUACAAAAAUAAUAAAUCCUAAAAAAAUCUUAUUGGAAAAAAUAGGUUAAGUUUUUUUGGCAUACUCAAUAAAGCUUUGCAUGUGUUUGAACUUAAUGCAAAAUGCUAUCAGGAAUUUUGGUAUGUAUCAUUUUUAUUGGGUUUUUUUUUUUCAAAUGAACAAUUAAAGGAUAUUUAGCGUGAUCAGGACUCUUGGGUACAAAUAAAACCGUAUAUAGGCAUUGCUUUUGCAUGAAUGGUAAUGCGCUAUUUUUUCCAUAGUUUUGACUGCAUUCAGUUAUAUGUAUUGGAAUUGCACAACAGACUGUGUUACUACUAAGAGGCAGUGCUGUGUUUGACUGCGUUGUUCUAGCCCAAACAAGUGGAAUUAAAGAUUCAUUUACUUCCUACAUGUGUACUGCUUAUAUGAGGUCACUCGACAUUUGUUUGAGUCGUCAGUCUUAUUUUUUUGGGUUUGUUUGUAGUACCUGGCUUCCUAGCCAGCAUAGACUGUUUGCAGAUAAGUCAGAACUUUGCACUACAUGAGCUGUGGUAGUGACUUACAUGUUAUCUUUAUAAACUUCAGCAAAUGCAACUGUCAUGGGACAUAGUUCCCUCUACAGUUCCUAGAAACAAAACGGAGUUCACAAAUCAUGUACAAAAAUCUUGAAGAAGCAUUUAAAAUGCAUUUGUUGCUCAGCACUAGUAAAAACUGCAAGGCUGGCUUUCAGUAUUUAUGAUGGAACGAACCUAUGCUAAGAGGUGCAAACUGCCUUAUGCUUUCUUUAGGGACAAUGGGAGUGUAGGAUAACGAGCAUUUCUCAGAAGGCAUUCAGCACCCUUCUGGCAAUCUCUGCCCUUGGAGGUGCACAAAACUUGCAUUAACUUGAAAAGGAGACAGGUGUGCAUCUGCGAGCAGAGUUUGACUAUCAGAAUUAAUGCUUUACCAAGCUCACUGGUUCUCCUGGAUGGUAUUUGGAUCCUGACUGUUUGCUGUUUUUCUGUUGUUUUUUGUAAAGAUCCCUUUAUGGCAAUUUGUUUUUAAAAAGCUGAUAAAUCGCAAGGUUGUAUUAGCAGCUGAUUCUAGCUCCACUUCACCACUGAGCUGAAUUGAGGGCUGUUGGUUGAAGUCAUGUUGGUUUAAGGACAUAAGCAGACAAGGUUCUUUGGGUAGAUGUGAUAUCUUCUGAAGAAGGGUGCCUGUGCCCAGAAGAUUGCAAAGAACAAUUUUACCAACUAUUUAGUUGGUCUAAUAAAAGAGAUCACAUUUACCCAAAGAAUCCUGCCUGGCUGCUGUUGAGAAAUAUGUUAAUCCGUUACUAUCCCGUUGAUGUGGUAAUGUUUUAAGAAGCAGGAGCUUAGGCCUUUUUUUUUAUUAUUAUUAUUAUUAUUAUUGAAGCAAUCAUACUGGCUUGUUCUUACAAGUGGUUUUUUUGGUCAGGAGGAAGUUACCUGGCAACAUGCAUACAAUUUGCUUAUAUCUAUAUAUGUGGUAAUAAUUACAAAACUGUAUCCAGAAAGGAAUGUAAAUAAACACUGAA